ACUUUUGUUUUUUUCCUUUUGGAAUACCUUGUGUUUGUUUAUUAACGAACGCGUAGGAACUCUAAGGAGACCUGACCACCAAAGACAAGGAAAAAUAGCUUUAGGGAAGCUGGGUGUACUCCAUCCUAAGGUGCUACGAAGGGAAAAAGUCGUCCGAUUUUAUAUAAAAAAGGUGAUUUUUCAGAUCUUCUUUUUCGUAUAUAAAGCGUCCCAAUCCAGUGCAUAGAACAAGACUGUUCACGUUUACAUUAUUCAGAAACAACUUGACUGUCACAAAGUUAAGGACUUGUUUUUCUAAUACUUGCAUCAAUAUCCCGUCUAUAAACCUACGAAGAAACAAGAGAAAUUAAAAUACUGCUCUUCUAUAGAUUCACUGCAUUUUCCUGUCAACAACAUGUCAUGCCGUAUUCAGGUCGAACCUACGGGUAAACUUAUGGAAGAGUUGAUUCUCGAUGUCCAACAAAAAAUUGUUGCUGGACUCGAAGCCAUUGAUGGCCAAAAAUUCUACCAAGACAGAUGGACCAAAGGCGAAGGCGGUUACGGUAUUUCUUGUGUGAUCCAGGAAGGAAAUGUCUUUGAAAAGGGUGGUGUUAACACCAGUAUUGUCCAAGGGGUUUUAAGUCAAGAUGCUGUCCAAAGAAUGAGAGCCAACCAUGAAGGUAUUGAUCGCAGUGCGAAAGAAUUGCCCUUCUUUGCUGCGGGUAUUAGCAUGGUGAUCCACCCAAGCAACCCUAUGGCCCCUACGACUCAUCUUAAUUACCGCUAUUUUGAACUAGUUAACAGCGAUGGGAGAAAGAUUUGGUGGUUCGGCGGAGGUGCAGACUUGACUCCCAGUGUUCUAUUUGAGGACGAUGCUAGGCAUUUCCAUAAGUUGCACAAAGAUGCCUGUGACCGCCAUGAUCCAACCUUCUAUCCUCGUUUCAAAAAGUGGGCAGACGAUUAUUUCCUCAUUAAGCAUAGAAAGGAAACCCGCGGCAUCGGUGGUAUCUUCUUUGAUGACUUGUCCGAAAAGGACCCUAAAGAUCUGUUCGCUUUUGUCAAAGAUUGUGCUUACACUUUUCUUCCUUCCUAUAUACCUAUCAUGGAAAAAAGAAAGGACAUGGAAUUUACCGAAGCCGAUAAAGAGUUCCAGCUCAUCCGCCGUGGAUAUUACACGGAAUUCAACGUUAUGUAUGAUCGUGGUACUUGGUUUGGUCUUCAAGCUCCUAAUCCCCGCGUCGAAUCCAUCCUUAUGACACUUCCUCUACACGCUUCUUGGCGCUACAAUUAUGAGCCCAAGGAAGAGCGCCAUAAAGCUCUUUUGGAGGCAACCCACAAUCCCGUUGAAUGGGCUUAAGAAUCGCUUUCUCCUGUGCUACUUACUCUUUGUCCAUAGUUUUAUUUUUCUUCAUACCUUUCCCAUACUUCUUCGGCAUUAGCAUGGGCAUUAUGUUCUUCUCGCUUGUUUAAUAUUCUGUCCUAAUAUAUCUUCCUGUAUUUUGGAUAAUUCUACUUUUGCGUUUGUUUUAAUGAAUUUGAUUAAUCAACUCGGCCUUCCUGGUUUAUUUUUCGUUUGUAAAAGUAUUGAUCCUGCUAUUUCUGGUUUUCCUAAACAUUACUUUAUUCCAACAAAAAUAACCCUGUAACCCUUCAAUGGCAGUCGGUUUAAACACGUUUCAAAGAAGAAAAAAAAACAAAGGCGUAAGACACUCAUACAUAUUAUUUAUCGAAUGCUAUCGAAUAAAUCGUAAGGAUUGAAAAGUUAUAAGUCGUAAACUUUGCUAAUUCCAACUGAGAGAUGGGAGAUACGAGACGAAACAUACUGUAAGAAUCAUUUCUUCUUAACAGUUGCAAACAGACGGUUUAAUCCAUAAAUUUUUUACAUUCAAAGCUAGGCGGCCGAUUUGGGUCCGCCGAUAAUGUGCAUAUAUACCUGAAUAUUAUGUUAGUGCUCAAGUGUGAAACGGCUAUUCUAUAGCAAGUACCCUAAAGAUUGUAAUGUUGAAAAUAACUGGGUCUCUAAACCCCCAAGUUCAACGCAACUCAACUGGUUUGUCUCAUUCAACCGACAGACCUUUUUUUUGUCGUUUUCCAGCCCUUCAACAAAAACUCGUUCUCCUUCUUUGGAAUUUCCUAAAAAUUCUCGUAAUGUAUUGUCCAUUUUGCGUUUCUUUUUCAAACAGUGUCACAAGAGCUUACGUGGAAAAGGUAAGUCAAUAGGCUUAAUUACGUGGUAACUCACUUCCCAUCCAGGCAAGCCACGUUGACGUUUUCUUACAAGAUAAAUCAACCAAAACUUUCGUUUUUCAUACUGUUCUUUAUCUGUUCUUACAUUACGAACAAUAGCAGAAAGUUACUAUCUACGUUCAUUCAAAGCGAUACUUGAAUCACUCACUACGUUUAAUAUUACUAGCACGCUACUAAACCAGAAUCCUCUGAAAACAAGUAUCAUUUUUGAAUACUACAUAUAUCAGAGAAAAAAGCAUUAUAACUGUCUGCUGCUGAUGAGAAGAGGAAGGAUAGUAAAAAGUAAAAUCAAAGUCAGAUAUCUGUUAAAAAGAUAGAAUGUCA